AUGAUUAAAAUAGGAGUUAUAAGUACUUUAGUAUUUAUUUUAUACAUAGUGUCUUUAGCAUAAUGUAACAAAUACAUAGGUUAGUUUUUUGCAUCUAGCGAUAUGGAAAAAACUCUUGUUUACUUGAAUAAUACUUUGUUUGUAGAAAGACUCGAUUAGAGAACACAUAAGCACGUUUAAUACAAGCAGAAUAACUUCUCGCUUUAUUCUAAAAAUGAUAAUAUAAAAACUCCUGCUUAUGGAAUUAUUUAUGAUCAAUUUUCUUUAGUUUCAAAAGAUAUGUAGAUAUUUGCGCAUAAAAUAAAUUAUAGUAGAAUGACUCUUGAUCUUGCUUUUACUUUAGAUUUAAAACUACUAUGCGAAGAUAAUUAACAAAAGCAAAUUUAAUUUGAUGAUCCUAAUUACUGUUCCUAAAAUAUAUAGGAGGAUUAUAUAACCUACCUUCAUGCAUACUUUAACGUUAUUUUUAUUUCAACAAAAAACAACUAAUUUAUUCUUAAUAUAGAUGAGUUACUUAAUUAUAUUUAAAAAUUAUAGCUUGCAAAUUAAAAGAUUUCUAUUAUUUAACAAGAACCACUUUUAUAGAGCCUGAUUUCUUAUGAAAAAUUUUAGAUUUCAGACAAAUAUUGUCAAGAUUGUAUUUAAGGAGUUUAAUUUUUUAUAAAAAAUUAACAAUAUGUCAUAUUAAAAUAAAAUUCAUCACUAAGAAACUAAAUCAUUCUGCCCUAUAAUUUGACCUCAGAAUUAUUUGCUUAAAUUGAAGGCUGUGAAAAUAAUUUUGAUUUUGACAUGACUUAUGAGUAAAAGGGUCCAAAAAUAGACAAAGGAUAUUUUGUUAUAAUAAGAUGUAACUAAAGAAUUAAGCUUCUUAAAAUAAAAAAAGAAUCAAUAGAAAUGAUUGAUGAUUAAAAUUUGAACUAAAAUAUGGAUAAAUCUGUUAAUUCAGUACUACUUUACGAUUAUUCUAAUUAGCAUAUUUAUGGUUUUUAUAAUGAUUCUCUAGCUUGCUUUUAUUCAAAAUAUGAAUCGAGCACAAAAUCAAAGUUUUUAAAUAAUGAAAAUUAAAAUACAACGAAUCUCACAGCCUCAGAAAAUAAAAAAACACCAAACUAUCACAUUUGCUUAAAGAAUCAAAUUCCUUCUAUGACUUUCUCACAUGUUUUAUAUAAUGACUAAGAUAAUAAAGUUACUAUUAUAUUAAGUAAAACUGAUAAAAAAUAUACUGAGAUUUUAGGUUAAUUAAUAGACAAAUGUAGCUUCUUCAAUUUAAAAGAAUCUAUUGAAUGUAAUUUAUGCUCGUAAUGCAGCAAUUCUUGUGCAAGCUAUAAUUUAGAAUAUUGCGGUGGUUAAUUUAUGUUUUUUAGAUUCAAUACAUUUCUGGCUUUGUUAAUAUUAGCUUUAAUAGCAUUAGUAGGGCUUAUAUUAAAAUAGUUACCAAAGUUAAUUAAAGAAUGCUUGAAAUUAACAAUUUAGUUUAUUGUACUAAUUUUUUGCCAUUUUCCUAUUAUUUUAUGCAAUCUAAUAAAAAAGUUUACUAAGGCAGCAAAAAUUAAAUGUAGAAAAUUUAAAAUAAAAGUAAAAAAUAUUUUUCAUAGAAUAUUCAAAUCAAAAUCAGACUAACUUAAUAAUUAAAACGAAGAUAUAUGUCCUAUUUGCAUGGAUACAUUAUCUGCCCGUCCUAUUGGAAAAUUUGUUUGCAAUAAUCACUCUGCUCAUUUAGAUUGUCUUGAAGAAUAUAACACUUCUAAAAUAAAUAACAAUUAGGAUUUAGAUUGUCCAUUUAGAGAUACAGCAGAAAGCAAAUAAAACAUUCAAAUGUCAGAAGUUUGA